AUUAUACAGCCGAGCAUGCGGAGAAGCAGGCAGAAUAUCGUCUUAUCCAGAUUCUCGCAGGAAGUGGUGUCUCACUGUAUUUGCCCCGUCUGCUUGCCUGGAGGUGGAGGAAGGAGCAGACCCGAGACGCAGCAGUCUCACAAAAGCAGCAGAGAAGUGGGGGAAGAGCAGCAGGGAGCCCUAGUCAUGGAGCUGUAUUGCCUGGAGUCGGACACAGCCAUGAAAGCCCAGCCUGACCCCAACAUCCUCUAUGAUGACAGAGUGCUGCAGAGCUUAUUGACUAUUGAGGACAGUUUUUUACCUCAGUGUUCCUACUUCAAGCGGGUCCAGACGGACAUCCAGCCGUAUAUGAGAAAAAUGGUUGCGGGCUGGAUGCACGAGGUCUGUGAAGAGGAAAAUACCAACCAAGAUGUCUUCCCUUUAGCCAUUAAUUAUUUGGACAGAUUUUUAGCCGUGGUGCCUACAAGAAAAAACUAUUUGCAGCUUUUGGGAGCUGUGUGUAUCUUCCUGGCUGCCAAGUUGAAGGACUGCCGGCCGCUAUCAGCAGAGAAGCUCUGCGUGUACACAGACAACUCCAUCACACCACGAGAGCUGCUGGACUGGGAGCUGGUGGUCCUGGGGAAGUUGAAGUGGAACAUGGCCUCCGUCAUCCCCAAUGAUUUUAUAGAGCACAUCAUGCGCCGGCUGCCCCUUCCCAAAAACAAGCAGGCGAUGGUGCGGAAACACACGCUGACAUUCAUCGCCCUUUGUGCCACAGAUGACCGCCUCGCCAUGAACCCUCCGUCUAUGAUCGCCACCGGCAGCAUGGCGGCUGCCGUCUGCGGCCUGCAGCUGGACCACAACGACCAGAGGCUGAGUCGAGACAACCUGACGGACCUGCUGGCUAAGAUCACCAACACUGAAGUGGACUGUUUGAGGGCGUGCCAGGAGCAGAUCGAGCGCGUGCUCGCCUCCAGCCUGCAGCAGGGCCAGCAGUACGGAAAGGAGAGCGGCGGCAGAGCUGGCAGCAAGUCGCGGGAGCAGCAGGAUCAGUCGAGCACCCCCACGGACAUGCGUGACGUCAACUUAUGAACCCCCGUCGCUGCCUGACUCGGCCAGCAUGUGCCUUCUUACCAAUGAACUAACAGGAGCUUGAUGCUGGAGGGAAAAGAGGGGGAGGGGGGGCAUGAGCUGCCAGUAUCCAUUUUAAGUUGCCACCUUCAGUGAUGUCGCGACAAUCUAUGAACUUUUAGCAACUAAGAAAUUUGUAGUUUUUUUUCCUUUUUUUUUGCCCCAUUCACACCUGGUUUGGGUCUAUUUUCACCUUUUUUUGUACACAUCUCUUGUAACGAAACAAACUAUUUAAGAAAAGAACCAGACAAAUAAUUGUUGAAAACUUGAUAGUGCCUUUGGUUCCGACAACCGGCAACCUGAAAAUAUUUUUCAUACUUGAAAAUUGCAUAAAUAUAUGAGAUAUACCGAAUGAUGUAUACUUAGCCAGCAUAUAUGACUCUUUAACCAGCUUUAGUGAGUAGUUGUCAAUUUAGAGUUUUAUCCGCGUUUUCCUUUAUUCGGAAAUCCGUAUAGCAGCAGUUAAAGCAGAGGAGCGCUAUCAUAGCUAGCUGCUCUAUCUAUCAUACGGUGUACCUGUAGCACUGCUUAUUAUUUAUGCAGAGAAGUGCUGGCUCAGAGUGGGCUGGGCCUGCUCACAGAGGAAGGACAUGAAAUGAGACAGGUCCGUUGGUCCGGAGCAGUGGCUGCUGUUUCCACGGAGUGGCCUCUUGGUGUUUGCCGAGGCCACGUUGUUGCUGUCGUGUUCGAGUGUUAAAGAGUUUGUUUGGAAGGUUAGCAUUGACGAAAGAGGUUUUAAUAAAAACAACAAAAAAAAGAGUUUUUGCAAGUCAUUCACAUUACAAGGUUAUAGAGGAGACAAAGACUGCGGAGUUUUCUUGAAAAGGAGGUGAAAAAGGUGCGUGGAAAGUGGUUGGACAGCGUGCAAAAGUGUGGGAUGCGGGGGGAAAAAAGAAGGCGAGGUGAGGAUUUUUUUUGUUUUAAGCUUUACGAUGUUUCUGCAAGAAACAUCAGAGUGACAGGAGGAGAAACUUUUAGCGUUUUGCAUUUUUCUCCUGUUAUCAAUUUACACCAUUGGGCCUUUUUGUACAGAGGGCGACGUGGAACGAUAUUGAUGCACUUUUAAAACACACUCCUUAAGUUUCGGUAAGGGGAGGGUUUUUUGAGGAAAGGUUCGGCGGGGUCAUUUGUUAUUCUCUUUUCUUUUAAGUUAUUUGUUUUUUUUUUCUGGGCUGGAUUCCCAUGGGGUGAAGCAUGUUGUCUUGAAUGCUUUGCCUCAGUUGGUGAGUAGACUUAAUAAAAUCACCCUCCUUUAUAUAAAAGUUUGAAAACCAACGCAAGCCACAUGUGGACUUCGGUGUGCUUCUGUGAUCCUAAACUUGAAGUUAUUUUAUUUUCAGUUUGUUUAGACCCAUUCCAUUAGAUCUACUAGUUACAUCCUUCUGUUUUUGUUUCUUCCUGAACUGCGGUUGUAAAGGCACCCCUUUUCACAUGUUUUAAAAAAAACGAAAAAAAAAUCUCUAAAUGAACAAAAAUGCUUGAAAUACAUGUGACAUUUCUAGAACCGAAAAUCUGUUUUUUUAGUUUGUUCUGAUGCCUGUUUCGAUGUGCAAAAAAAAAAAGAAAGCCAAAUUGCUUUAAAAAAAUGCUUUAAAGUUCAGCAUGUUUAAUGCUUUUAGAUUUCCAAAGUAAAAAAAAAGAAAGAAAUAAUCUACGACAUUCUUUGCUGCUAUUAUGCUUUUCCUUUCCUAGUCUUACACAAAAAAAAUGCCUUUUUGUCAUUCACUUGUGUGCUGCUAUAUUUUAAUAUGUUGUAUAUGUAAGUCUGCUUUUCUCUUUUGUCAAUGUACCAGAGGGAAAAGGAGCAGAGUUUGGUGCGGGACUGGAAAUCUUAUUUUGAUCAGCAUGUUUUAUUCAUUUAUUGUUUUAAUCGUUGUAACCUUUGUUCUAUCUUUGUUCUGUCGAUAUUCUUGCUGCUUUUUGUGUACCUCAGGAUAAUUAAAUUGGAUAGACACAGCGAGAGGCCAUCUCACAAUUACCUCAUCACACGUAUCACACGCAAUGACUUCAGCUCGAUUCGUUGAACGGGUUUCACUUUUUUUUUUUUUCCUUGUUCUAUUUGUUAAGAAAUCCACCUACCAGAUUCCACUGAUUUUUUUUUUUUUUUUUUUAAGUGUCUCCAGCCUACCUUAAAGUGGCUAAUUUUUAUAUCUGGUGCUAGUUCAACAAUAACCAAUACUGUUUUAUACCUGUUUUGGAAAAUUGACAACAACAAAUCUAUUUGGGGAACAUUUUUGGAUCAGAUCAAUGAAAUGCAUUGUCAUUUAUUUUUUAUUGAGGUACUCAUUUACCCAAUUCUGCGAUUGUUUGUUGUGGUUGUUCAUACAAAUCCUUUUCCAUGUAUCCCUAUGAGCAACCACCUGUGUACCUCAAUAAUCUGUUCUCAAUAAAUUGGCUAAAAUCA